AAUACCAACCUUCGCCUAGCGUAGGUUUCUCUCUCUCUUUAACAAUUCCUUUUGGUCAUACGACGGCGACGACGAUGCUCAGGUGGUGUUCGAAGCUUCGAUCUGCGGCGGCGAAACCAUCUCAAAUUGUACAUAGCGUUUCUUCCACCCGCAGGAUCUUUCACUCUGCUCCAUCACUUUACCAGCCUCUCCAUUUCUCUCCGAAUAAUUUGAGUUCCAGGUCCCUUCUCAAUGCAUCUUUACAGACUCAUUCUUCGCUUGCGGCUUACCAGUGCAUUCGAUCUUCGCUCUCACCUCUCUAUGCUGUUCAAGUGCGACAUGUUUCGUCAAGAGAGCGAAAGAAGAGGAGAAAGCCGAUGACGCCAGUUACUUCCAAAUUGAAGAAAACGAAGAUAAAAUGUUACUCGUCUUACAAGUCUAGGUUUUGGGUGAGGAAGGAUGGGAGCAUUAAACGUCGAAAGGAAGGGAAAAGGCACAAUGCUCAUUUGAAGUCCAAGAAAGCAAAGCGUAGACUGAGACAGCCAGCCACUGUCCCAUUGGCUUAUGCCAAGGUAAUGAAGAAGCUCAACUUUUGUGGUUAAAUUAUUGGUACAAGUCUCCUCUCGUGCUAGUUUCAAGAUCACCAUCGAGAUAUCAGUCCUUGCUCAUCUUUUGGAUUUUAUAUUAAGUGCCUUAGAACAAGCUAAGAAAACAAUUAUUUCUUCUUUAUUUGAAGUUUUGAUGAUAGAGAUGAUUGUGAUUAAAAACGAGGUGAUCUUUCAAUUGUCUCCUUGUACCCUGAGUUAACCCCUAACAGUGUCCAAUAAUAUUUAUCUUUCGCAUGGGAUACGGUCCUACAUGUGGCUUGCAAUUAGCGAUGUCCACGACACUAGGACCUCGUCUCUACCUUCCAUUUAA